UAUGGGCUCCUCUCCGGUCCCUUGCAUAGCGGCUACCUUGUAGCGAACGGCAACCCCACAUCGCGCCUCAGCUGCCUUACACUACACCAGUUGCGCUGUAGGCUGUGGCUCACGCGGGCCAGAGAGCGGGAAGAGGGAAAUAGUUAUAUAGUCAAGGUAGCGUUACCCUACCUGGGUACCCGACUUUCCGAAAGAUGUUUGCAGCCUGGCCACCAUAAUAUUAUGACCACCACCACAACCACAACCACAGUCACAACCAACAUCGUCACCGCCGCCGCCGCCGCCGCCGCCGCCGCCACCGCCGCCGAGACUGAUAGCGACACGUUCGUAGGGCCGUCGUCGUGUGUCGGACGCCAUGGCCGAGUCGGAGCACUCAGCAACCGAUAUCAUCACGUACAUCGGCGUGCCGCUGGUGAGUCGGGCCUCUUGACCUCGUUCGGAUGAUGGUGAUGGUGAUGAUGAUGGUGGUGAUGAUGGUGAUGCAUGGUCUCUGAAAUGACUCAGGCCGUCCUCGGGGUCCUGCCCAUCCUCUACAACACCGUGGCGACGCUGGUGGCGCUCUCGCGCGUCAGGCGCAUGCUGCGGCACAGCAAGUUGACGGCCCUCACGCGCAGCGACGUCGUCAACCGCGUCAUCGAGGUCGAGCUGCCGCGCUACGCCGUGCGUCCCAUGGACCGCUUCGCCGACCGCGAGCAGUACUGGUCCCUCUCGCGCCACCCGUCCAACAUCCCCGGCGGCAGCUGGACCACCUUCAACUGGCGCAUGAACGUCAUCGGGCUCAGCACGCAGCGCAUCGAAUACGCCGACCAGCUGAGGCAGCCCCAGGUCGAAGUCGCCUUUGACCAUCUCGUCUGCUACCUGCUGGAUCUCGGCGCCCACCCGGACCCCCACGGAUGGCGCCUCUUGCGCUCCUCGGGCCUGUGGACCCCGGUCGGCUGCACCCUCAUGCGCGCCCCCGACGGGCUGAACAGCGCCCUGACGAUUGCGCCCCUCGACGGCUCCGACGGCCACCUCAGCCUGGCCGUCACCUGGGCCGGCCCGUGGACCACGCGCGACCAUUCCCACCUGCCCCCGUACUGGGUGCGUCUGAACCCGGCACCAUCCCGCCAACCAGGGCUCGAGCUCGCGGCGACGGACGGGGGGGAGCAGCACGAGGAGGACUACUCCAAGUCGCACGCGGAUGGCGAGGGCCCGAGCGAACCGCUGCAGAAUUCGGAAUCCUCUAGCACGCGCAAACCAUCCCCGGGAUUGCCCUGCGCCGAGAAGACCACCACCACCACCACCACCACCUCGCACUCCUCCUCCCACUCCCACUCCCUCUCCCUCUCCCGCCACCCCAUCACCGUCCAGAUCUCGGCCGACGGCAUCGUGACCGCCAUCUCCAACUCCCAGCCCCCCGCUGCCCCGUCCCCCCAUGCCGCUGCUCAUGGGUCCGCGAACGAGGGCGGCAACGGCAACGACAACGACAACGGCAGCCUCUACAUCGACCACCUCCGCGUCCGGCCGUCGAGCAGCGCCGGCGCGUGGUUCGCGAGCGCCGCAACGGCCUACGGCACGUCGAGCCAGACGAUCCUGUGGAACUACAAGAUCCCCGACGACAUCCUGGCCUUUGCCCGGCGCGAGACGGUGCCCUGCGGCGUCCUCGUCCUGCUUGGCGUCGUCGACGAGGCCGCGACCCCGCAGUGGGCCACCGCCUAUCCGGACGACCACGGCCGCCAGCUCGACGCCUUCAUGCGGCGCACCAUGGCGCAGCGCGAGGCCCUCGCCGCCGAGGCCCGGCUGCCGCCCGCCCAGAGGGCGAUCGCAGAGCGCGAGAGGAUCGCCCGUGAGGGGAGCGAGCGCAUGAGAGAAAUGCGCGAGAAGCUGAGGAUCCAGGCGGAGAGGCAGGAGACGCGCCUGAUGGAGGCGCUGCAGAGUCCCAAGUGGGACACCAAGCUGGUGGCGGAGCACAACCUUGCCUGGCUGGUGAGCAAGGGGGAAGUGGACGAGCGGGUGCAGGGGGUCAAGGAGGCGGUCGGGAACGUGCUGCACCGGAUGGUGCUCGACGGCGAGUUCACCUCGAGGCUCUGCCGGAUGCUCGACCUGUGGAAGGCGUGGGCCGAGAACGGCGGGAUGCGCAAGUCGGACCUGGCCGCGCUGCAGGAGGACCAGGUCACGUUCGCGUACGCCACCCUGCUGGUGGCCAUCAUCAAGGACACGUCGACCGCCCUGGAGGGGACCGUGUCGAUGGACCUGCAGGAGUGUCUGCGGUUGUGGAGGACAGUGAGGCUGGGUUGAGCUCCGCUCCGCCUCAGCUCACCUUCUUCCUCUCUUGACUUUUGUACAAAAUGUCCUUUUUUUCCCUUUCUUUCUUUCUUUCUUUGUCUUUUCCUUUCCGUUUGUGUUCUUCUCUCCGCGCCCAGAUUCCCCCCCCCCCCCCCCCC